AUGGCGGCGGCAUCUUCUCAGGGCGGGAGAGCCGGUGGUGGCGGAGGCAGUAGUGGGGCUGGCGGUGGCUCCGGCUGUGGGACAGGCAGUAACCGUAGCGGUUUACUGGACAAGUGGAAGAUUGACGAUAAGCCUGUAAAAAUUGACAAAUGGGAUGGAUCAGCUGUGAAAAAUUCUUUGGAUGAUUCUGCCAAAAAGGUACUUCUGGAAAAGUACAAGUAUGUGGAGAAUUUUGGUCUAAUUGAUGGUCGCCUCAUCAUCUGUACCAUCUCCUGUUUCUUCGCCAUUGUGGCUUUGAUUUGGGAUUAUAUGCAUCCCUUCCCAGAGUCCAAACCUGUUCUGGCCUUGUGUUUUGUGUUAUUUCUCUUUUGUGUGUAUGUUGUGUAUUUUCCCCUUAACUUUAUCUGCACCUAUUUUGUGAUGAUGGGAAUCCUGACCAUUUAUACUUCGUAUAAGGAGAAGAGCAUUUUUCUCGUGGCCCACAGGAAAGAUCCUACAGGCAUGGAUCCUGAUGAUAUCUGGCAACUGUCGUCCAGUCUCAAAAGGUUUGAUGAUAAAUACACUCUGAAACUGACCUUCAUCAGUGGAAGAACGAAGCAGCAACGGGAAGCUGAGUUCACCAAGUCCAUUGCUAAGUUUUUUGACCACAGCGGGACUCUGGUCAUGGACGCAUAUGAGCCUGAGAUAUCUAGACUCCAUGACAGUCUUGCCACAGAAAGAAAAAUGAAAUAG